AGAAGAAGAAGACGAAGACGACAGAAGAAGAGCAUGGCGCCAUUACAAUGGAGACGACGUCUGUACUCUGGUCCAAUCAACUUGCCGUCGUGGGCGGAGUUAGGGAAGCUUCGGUCCAACACACGUAACUAGCUAGCAUCCAACCAGGCAGGCAGAAAAUCGAAAUGGCGGCGCAAGCAGAAGUGAUGGAGGUUUCUCAGGGGGAGAGCUCAGCCAAGCCUGCAGCUGAGGAUAUGACAUCAAAGGACUACUACUUUGACUCGUACGCCCACUUUGGCAUCCACGAGGAGAUGCUGAAAGAUGAGGUUCGCACUCUGACCUACCGCAAUUCCAUGUUCCACAACAAGCAUCUGUUUAAGGACAAAGUAGUGCUGGAUGUGGGCAGUGGGACAGCCAUCCUCUGUAUGUUUGCUGCCAAAGCUGGAGCCAAGAAGGUUAUAGGGAUUGAGUGCAGCAGCAUCUCAGACUACGCUGUGAAAAUCGUCAAGGCAAACAAGCUGGAUGAUGUUGUGACCAUCAUCAAGGGGAAGGUUGAGGAGGUGGAGCUGCCUGUGGAGGGGGUUGACAUCAUCAUAUCGGAGUGGAUGGGCUACUGUCUCUUCUAUGAGUCCAUGCUCAAUACUGUCAUUUAUGCCAGGGAUAAAUGGCUGAAGCCAGAUGGUCUCAUUUUCCCAGACAGGGCGACCCUUUAUGUCACUGCCAUUGAAGACAGGCAGUACAAGGACUACAAAAUCCACUGGUGGGAGAACGUGUAUGGGUUUGAUAUGUCGUGCAUCAAGGAGGUGGCAAUUAAAGAACCCCUGGUUGAUGUGGUGGAUCCCAAGCAGCUGGUUAGCAGUGCCUGUCUCAUCAAGGAGGUGGACAUCUACACAGUGAAAGCAGAAGACCUGACCUUCACCUCACCGUUCUGCCUACAGGUGAAGAGGAAUGACUACAUCCAUGCUCUAGUCACCUACUUCAACAUCGAGUUCACCCGCUGUCACAAGAGGACUGGCUUCUCCACCAGCCCAGAGUCUACCUACACCCACUGGAAGCAGACCGUCUUCUACCUGGACGAUUACCUGACUGUGAAGAAUGGUGAGGAGAUCUUUGGGACCAUCAGCAUGAAGCCAAACGUCAAGAACAAUAGGGACCUGGACUUCACCAUAGACAUCGACUUCAAGGGUCAGCUGUGUGAGAUGUCGAAGACGUCAGAGUACAGGAUGCGUUAGAAGUCUCCUUCCUUGUGUUGUCUUUAGUAGCGGACAGAGUGCGGUGUCACUGGGAGUCUGUACAAUAGUUUGCUCCCCUGCAGCAACAUUUUAAAGACUUUUUUUUUUUUCCAGACAUUAACAGUAUUUAAAAGGUUUUCACAUCCCUGGGGUCAAAGUGCAUUGACGUGUUGGUUCUUUGUGCAGUAGUUAAUUACUACACUUGUGUGACACAUGCUUGGUGUCUUGUGUUUUACAUUGGGGUUUCUUGUCUUUUGCUUAUGCGAGAUCCAUGUAGACACAAACACAACAGUUCUGACAUCUCUACAUGUAUGCAUAGUAUUACUGUUUGCCCACUUUAGCGUUCUGUGUAGUUAUUACAUGACAGCUACUGCUCGUUCCUUAGUUUGGAUCCUGUUGAAGCUGUAGGUGUGCAGCUUUUCAGAUUCUGUAUAUUUGAGAAACUGUCUACUCCAUUUGUGUAUGACUUAAUAGAAACUGGAACUGACAAGAAAGACUGUUCAGACCUCAGAUACCCAUUUAUUAAAAAAAAAAAAAAAAAA